AUGGCGACCCUCCAUCUCGCCGCCCACUUCGGGAUUAUAAGGGUUGAUGAAAUCCUUCUCGUGAAGCUGGAGCACGAUCAGGACGAGCUCUUACGGCUUGUUAACCUGGAAGUGGACCUAUACGGCACACCACUAUCGGAAGCUUCUCGAACCGGAAAUGUGGACAUGAUAGACCUGCUGGUGUCACAUGGGGCAGACAUUAAUGGGCGUGCACCCUCUAAAAACACCUUGCUAGUUCUCCACGAGGCUGUCCAAGACGAUCAGCUAGCUGUCGCCGCCUCUCCUAUCGGUCACGGAGCCGGCGUCGAUGCAGAAGCGGUUGUAGAUAGCUCCGCGCCAAGGCCAAUCCUGAUCGCAACCUACUAUAAAGCGAGCGACUCGAUGCUCGAGCUAGCACGGGGCCAACGUCAACUUCUCGACACCAUUGGUGGCGGAGCCGACGUCAACCGACGCGGAGAGGGAGGCAAUAUCCCCUUGAUGAUGGCUGUGGUUGGCAACAACAUCGACCUCUCUCUCUCUCUCUCUCUCUCUCUCUCUCUCUCUCUCCUAAAGGCGGGGGCGGACAUCAAGGAGCGAAACGACAAGGGGGAGACGGCACUCUUUCUCUCCACCAGGAGUGGGGGAUUGGCCAUGACCUCUGCCCUCAUAUCCGCUGGCGCCGACAUGGACGCUCCUGGUAUCCUGGGGCUGAAGUUGCAGACCACGAUGGAGUCGCUGCCUUGUUGGCUAUGGCGGGCGCGGGUGUUGAGGCUCUCGGUCAACUGCGCCGCGUUCGGCUGCCUAAUGGCACCCUUCGUGAAGCGUUUCUUCGGCCGCCUGGCGAGGAAAGGCACGCUGCGAGGCUCGAUCUCGCAGAAUUCGAUGUUGAAGGGCUCUUGGAAGGGAAGUGGUCGGUACUAGAGGUGGUUCGGUGUCAUGAGCAUGUACACUCACCCCAGCAGUAAUCAGUCUAGCCAAGCAUGUCGCGUACCACUUGGCCGUGUUCUGUCACAUAUAUGCAUCCGGG